CCGACAUUAGAAACCCUAAACCCUAGAAGCUUCUACCCUCUCCUAUUACAUCAGCUCACUCCCCCUCUCAGCGCCCGCAACGUAUUCCUCAGCCGCCGUGCAACCGCCGAUCGACGCCGUUAUUCGCAGAAAUGUCGUGGAAGCGCCUCGUCCCGACUUUCAACAGGGUUCUGGUCGAGAAAAUCACCGCUCCGGCCAAGACCACCGGCGGCAUUCUUUUGCCGGAGAAGUCGGCCAAGUUGAACGCCGGAAAAAUUGUUGCGGUGGGACCUGGGAUCCGUGACGAGACCGGAAACCAUGUACCAGUUGCUCUCAAGGAAGGGGAAACUGUUCUCUUGCCCGAGUAUGGCGGCACUCAAGUGAAAUUGGAUGACAAAGAGUUUCAUUUGUUUAGGGAUGAGGACAUUUUGGGUGUGCUGCAUGAUUAAGAGUAACAACCUCGUUUCGCUCUCUUACCUCUUAAGGAGAUAUUGGUUCUUAUUUGUGGGUGAAAUCUCUUCUUGAUUGAUUAGUAUCCCAAUCUAUUUUCAGUUGUAACCAUUUUGGUAAUGAAAAGGUUUCGAACUAUUGGAUAUGUUCUUUAAAAGUGUAGUGGUCAUUGCUGAAUAAUAUUUCCACCUCUGACUUUCAUGUUUUGGUUGUUUGAGUCUAAUGCCUUGAGAAUAAAUUUGGGUGUCCAUUUCCCCCUAAAUGUCUAUUAAGUGUUGAUGAUGGUUGGUUCAUUCAAUAGAGAAUUGAGCCAUAA